AUGCUCGUGCUCGUCUCCUUACUGCCAAAGUCUCCAGUGCCGAAAGGCUCGUCACGAGUCCGUCUUGGGAAUGGUGAGACACCUCGCACCAUCCCAGGCACACCGUGGCCAGACCAUGGCCGACGGUUCUGCCAUCUUCUCAUUGCUUUCUCCCACCGCACUGCCCCCCGAGCCACCGCCGAUAACUGUUCAUGCGGCUACAUCCUCUCCUCCCACUCAAACGCCUAUUUCCCCAAAUCCCACACCGUCUCCUUCUCUUCCAUCUCUUCCGUCUCCGACUCUGGGUUUGGUAUCACCAACGGGUGGAAAGUCGGUUCUCUCGGGCCGGAUGGGACUCGAGCGGUAGGAACUUUCGGAUAA